UCCACUUCCGUAUAAAAAUUUGAGACAAUAGUUACCCUCUUCUUUUCUUAUCUAUUUUAAAAUAACAUUUUUGAUUCGCAUGAUAAUAUUGUAAGUACAGUUUCUGUCCUCAGGCGGCUUAUUGACAGCUCACUGCUACCAUAGGGGUAGAUUUUGAGAAAAUAAGGGGUUUUUUCCACCUGAAACCGUUGAACAGAUUAACAUCCUUUACGAAGUCAUUGUGAAUUGUUACAUCUCAGAGAGGUCUAAAGCAGUGAUAAACAUUGACUGGAUAAUGUAUCGAAUUUCGUCCUGUGCGCGUCAAGGAAUAGAGCCGGAGAACAUUAAAGGAGACUACCCGUAUUUCGAUCUGGACAGGCCUUAUUAUGGAGAGCAAGAACUGCUUCACCACUACCCGAAUCUGUACGACUUUAGGAGAGCUGCAGCUUU